UUUACGUCGUCUACAUUGACCCGGGUAAUUCGUGGUGCUUAUUUCACGAGUGUAAGAGCCACAACAGUUUGACGUAUAAAACCGCAGAGGUUAGACGUGGCGAAAAGCUGAUCAAACAAAAGGCCUAAAGAACGAGCAAAUCAGUUAUAACUGUAGGUUAGGGCGGAGGAGCUUCAAGUGUCUCGAAAAAAAUCACCGUCUCAGCGUCGAUGCCGUUUACCGUCCAACCAGAUCGCAGAUAACUAUUCCCGGAUUAAUCAGGGGUGAAUUUAAUUAAUCAGGGAAAAUAAUCGAACGAUGGGAUUCGACGGUAUGAGGGUUGGUGGUGGUCGGUGCCCUCCACUUUUGGUGGGCGGUUUGGUCCUCGCGUGUUUUUUACUCGUAUGUAACUGGUGGACGCUUUCGACGGAAAAUGCGGAACUUCUUCGACAGAUCGACGACCUUAUUCUCCAAUUGAAAACCAGCGAAGAGGACAGAAAUCAAUGCACGAUGCUGCGAAAUUCUCUGGAGCAGCGAUACAAGAGAUGCGACGAGAUGGUAGCGUCGCUCCACGUCCAAAUCGAGCAAGAGAAAGUUUUGCAAAAGAAGCAAGAAGACAGUGAGAUGAUGUGCAAGACGGAGCUUGAAUCUCAGAAACAAGUGGAUAUCACACAAAAAGCCACUUUGGAUUCUCUCAGAGUAGAGAAGGACGCCUUGACGAAAGAGGUUGAUGAAAAGAAAGACAAUAUUAAGAGACUGCAAAGUGAAUUGGAAGAAGCCCGAGAUCAGUUGAGUGAGUUAAAACUGACCGUAAAUUCACCAGGAAACAGUAAACCGUCCAGUCCUGGGUCGCAAGUAUCGCCGCCAAGGGUUGUAUCACCAAGUAAACCAAACUUGGGACCAGUUCCCGAGGGCGCAGUGAAGGUAUCGAACCCGGGUCAGCAAGGUCUUUUGUACCACGGCAUUCCGAUUCUUCCUCGAGAUCCGCCGGGUGCCGUGCGGCAACUCCCUCGACUUUCGGUCACGAUGAUCAAAGCACCAGAAACUCCAAUUUUGAGCAACGAAACGCAGAACGGCGGUAAUCAAGAUGCACAGAACGGUAUAGAUGCUGGCAACGAUCGCAUAGAUGAUCAAAUUGACGAAAAUAUUGAUGGGGGAGAGGCAGCAGACGAAGACAACCUUAAAAAUCAAGGAUCGAAAUUGGACGCGGAUCAGGCAGGAAAUUAAAUUAGAAUGAGAAGAAUAAAUUAGGUCAGAAUAAUCCAUCGAAUGGUAAUUGGUAAUAAAAACACAUCGUACGAUACAUACCUACACGAAUAACGAUUAAGCUUACUAAGGGGGGAUCUGAUUGUAAGCGCCAAGUCGACUCAAAUUUAAAAUGAUAGCCGGCAGAUCUUAAUGUUCCAGCCUCAUGCUACUUCAAUGCAUAAACAACAUCUGGAACCUCUAAUCUCAUAUCAAUUUAACUACAUAUGUAAGUAUUUAACUCGACAUGCUGUAGUCGGGUAAUAGUUAUUACUAAGCAAAGUAAGUCUCCGAAAAUGACCCUAGUUUUAUCUCUGUUAGUCAAUGAUUGCGCGAGAAGAGCAGGUCUCGGAAUCCCAGAGAAAUCGGAAUCACUUUUACUCGUUACUUUACAAAUCCGACAACUGUUGGCACGGAUUUAAAUGUUAUUUUUCACUGUAAAGUAUAAGCAAGGUAUACAGUAACUUGCGACCGUUUUACUGCAAAGUAUUGAUACACAUAUAAGUAUAUUAACUAUGAAGAUGACGUGUAUUUUAUGACAAAUUCACUGUUCAGCUGUCCAGAGUUUUGUAUAUAAUCGAGUUAUACAUUAUAAAUGUUU